AACCCACAUUUUUUUUUCAUAUAUUCUUCAUAAAAUAAAAAUAAACAUCAUCAAUGAAAAAAAAAAAAACGAUAAGCAAAAAAAAAAAAUUAUCUUGAAAAUAAAUAUCCCCUACUCUUUGACUUUUACCUGAUGACGUUUCCUAUAUUAAUCAUCAAGAUAAAAAAUAUUAUCUGCAAUUUAUAAAAAAAAAAAAUUUGCAAACUUUAUUGUAAAAAUUAUCUAAACACAAUAUAAUAUUAUCUGAAAAAAUCAUAUGACUUAAACUGCACGUGACUUUUUAUUUACUGUUUGAGAGAUUUUUUAUUCUUUUUAUUUUUAUUUUUUUUUUAAAUAAAAUUACAAAUAUGUUUAUGGAAACAGUUGAAUAUAUUGUGAUUAUAUAAAAAUAAUAAAUAUUUACAAGUGUAUUAUUAUUUAAAUAAUUAAAAUUAUUAUAUUUAAAUAAAGAAAUGUGGAAAUACUGAUUUACAUAAAUGUAUUUCUAACUUAUGAUGCCUUUUAUCAACAAAUUUUUAAAUUCAAAAAUAAAUAAUAAAAACACCAAUAAUAAUAAAUUACCAGUUAAUUUUAAUAUUGGUUUUAAUAACAAAAAUAAUUUAAAAUUUGGAGCAGAUCAAGUUCGAGUAUUGUUAUUUCGUGAAUGUGAAUGGCGUGGAAGAAAACUGGUCUUUGAUUCAGUUACAGCUGGUAAAUGUAAUCAAAAAAAUUACCAAAAAACAAAUAAUGAUAAUCCAGAAUGUCCAAGAAAUGGUAACGGUGUCCCCCAAGAGCAUGAAAAAGAAGCCUGUGACAAUGUAAAUCUCUUGAGUGAAUUGAUAUUUGGUACAGUUGCAAUGACAUACAGGGGACCAUCAUUUAAAAUUCACAAAUUAAAUUCACCACAUUGUAUAAUGUGUACAAAAGUAUUUCCAUCACCCGAGCACCACAACAACAACAACAACAAAAGACAAUCAAAACAAACAGAAUCAUCAUCAUCAUCAAUAUUAAUAAAUUCAUUAAACACUGAAUUAAAUACGAGUCAUGAUAGAAGCACAUUAUCAUCAGCUCAAAAUUCAGCAAAUAGUUUACGUAAAAAUUCAACAUGUUCAAGUACAUGUAGUGGCUGGGAUAUUGAACUGCCAAUUAUUGAAAGUACACAAUCAUUUGAAUCAAAUACAUCAUCUGGUUUUGGUAGUUAUUCAAGUUUACCUAAAAGAUGGCUACGUGCUGUAUCAACAUCAUUAAAUCAAUCUGAUUGUGAUGAUUUAUAUGGUAUACAAAAUAACAACAACAACAGCAACACAAAUUCAUUUGAUAAACGAAAUCAACGUCAUAAAACAAAGCUUGGUUUAUCAAUUAUAAUUAAAUUAACACCAGGACAAGAAAAAUUAAUGGAAACAAGAUUAUUUGAACAUGCUGCACAGCUUGAAUCAAUGAUAAAUCGUUUAUCAUAUAUUUGUAUUGAAAAAAAUACCCAUGAUAGUAAAUUAUUUAUUAAAAAAUUACAUAGAGCAUCAUUGAAAUGUACACUAUGGUUGUUACGUUUAUUAAUUGGUCCAGAUAAAAAUGGCCAUCCGCUAAUUUGGCAUGAUAUAUUAUUAAAUAGAAAAUUAAAUGAUGACAAUAGAAUGAAUUAUUUACAUAAUUGUUUUCAACAAAUGUAUCAGCUGUUAAAUACAAUCGACACAAAGACAACAAAUUUUUUUUUAAGCACAAUUGUAACAGCUGUAUUGACGUAUCAUCUUGGCUGGGUCAAUACAAUAAUGUCAAUAAAUGAAAAAAUAAUUAUUGAUAAUAUGAAAAAAAAUUAUCCAUCAAAUCCAUUGUGGUCACAGCUUGGUGAUCUUUAUGGUUCACUUGGUAAUCCACCAAAAAUUGUACAUACUGUUGUUGUUGGUUCAAAUAACAAUACAGAUAUUAUUAAUUCAAUAAUAACAUUUCUAUCAUAUUUUAUACGUAGUUCUGUUGUUAAAAAAAUUCAUGAAUAUCGUGAAUCACCAGAGGUUGAUGUACAAGAAGCUAUUAAAAUUGUUGAAGAGAAAAAAAAGUUAUUAAAUUUAAAAAAUAAUAAUAAACAUUAUGUAAAUAGUACGACAAAUGAAGCAUGUAGUUCAUUUAUGAAAAUGGAUGAUGAAGAAGAUGAUGAAGAUGAUGAUGAUUAUGAUGAAGAUUUAUGUAAUUUACAAAUUUCAAAUGAUAAAAAAAAAUUAUUAAAUAGCAAUUCAUUGAAGCUUAAAAAGACAAAAAGUUUUACGAAAAAAAUUGAUAAAAAUUUAGCUAAAAUUGAUGAUAAAUUGAGCUUUUAUCAUGAUGAUUAUGAUGAUGUUAUUAAAAGUAAAAUAAAAAUAAUAGUUAGUAGUGAAAAAAAUAUACCAAUUGAUGAUUUACGAGACAAUGAAAUGUUAUCGGUUGCUAAAAAAUUAAGUAUACUUGAACAUCAAAGAUGUGAUAGUGGUAUUGAUGCAACAAAAUCAUACGCAAGUGGUAUUGAUAAUACAGAAAUAUAUUAUUCACAAAUUGAUUGUACAGAUACAUAUAAUAAUCAUCAAUUAAAUGAUAAAAAUAGUUCAGUUUUAUUUACACUUGGUAUUGAUGAUAAAAUUGAUGAAAUAAAUAAUAUUGAAAGUAUAAAUAAUUCAUACACUUGUCAAUGUUCAUAUGCAUUUACAAGAUUACCAAGUACAUCAUCACAGCUACCAGAAGGUGUUCUACGUAAAAUAUUACAAAGAAAUUUUCCAGAAUCAUCAAAGAGUAUACAACGUACAACAAGUACACAAUUUAAUAAAGACAAUAAAACUUAUUGUCCAAGAUGUAGUGGUAGUUUUGAUGGUACAUUUGAUGUUAAUAAUAGUAAAUUAUUACUUGAGACACCAACAAAUGCAACUGAAGUGCUGAGAACAUGUAGUAAUUCAAUUGGUACACGUGGAACAAGAUUAAGAAGAGUUGAUAGUUUAGAACUUUUAAGAAUAAAUAAUGUCAUUGAAGUACCAAUGCCAAGGUCCAAAAAAAUAACAACAAAGUCAAAUGAAAAUUGUGAAUUGGAUGAAUUUACAAACACACUUAUACAAAAUCAUGUAUCAAGUAAAAAUAUAUUAAAUACAGAAUCAUGUUAUACAUCAGGUCUAGUCAUUCAGGGUUUAAUUAAAAAUAAAAGUGAUAAUAAUAAUAAUAAUAUAGAUAAUAAAGAUAAUAAUUUAUGGCUUGAUGAAUUGAGAGAAGAAGUUAAUGUUAAUGUAAAAUUUCCAAUGAUUGAUCAAACAAUAGCUGAAUCAAUUUGUAUUAUUGCUGAUACUGAUAAUUGUCAAGUUGGUAUAUUAACAAAUGGUACAACAAUCAAUAAUAAACCAACAAUUGUUGGCAUGUCUAAGUUGGUAUCUGAUAUGCUGGAAGCAUUUGUUUAUUUAUGGAAAAAAUAUCGUUCACCUGUACAUUGUUUAAAUAUUAUUGAAUGUAAAUUACGUGAUAUGUGGUUGAGAAGUGAAGCACUUGCUGAAUUUUUAAUGACAAUUGAUGUUUGUGAUGUUAAUUUAAAUAAUUUAACAUCUUCAUUGGAUCUUGAUGCUGCUGAUGUACCACUUUUACUUGCAAUUGCAACAACACAUUCACCACAAAUAACACAAAAAUUUGGCCUUACAUUUACUUAAUUAAAAUUUCAAUUAUAUUAUUUUAUUUAAUAAUAAAUAAUUAUUAAUUUAUUUAUAUUUUCAAACCAAAUAUUUAUUAUAUUAUUAUUUAUAAAUUUUUAAAAUAAUAUUUACUUUUUUACGUUGUAUCAUUAAAAUAUAUUUAAAAAAAAAAAAAAA